AUGAUGGUAUUCAACAUCGGUCGAGUUAUGACAUUGGAGGACUUGUUCGCACCCCGCUGGGUAGAGGAUGAUGUUAAUAAUAAGCCUCUAACUCACUACGACGUGCUGCACGUUAGCCCUUUGGUGGAGCAUGCGACACUACGGAAAUUGCGGAAGGAACUGUCUGUCAAAUUGCACCCGGAUAAAUCAGUUGACACACCAGAUGCCUGGAGCAGGUGGGCGAUCAUGAAUCACGCAUUCCAGGUCCUGCUUGAUGGAAGACGGCGCUGUGAAUAUGACAAGGCAAACCACAUCAAGGGAAUUUAUUACUGGCAGGCCUGCGAUCGUACCUUUCGCCACGAGCACCGACAAGAGAUACGGGAGCAGUCCCUGGAGAUCCAAGAAAUGUGGGCAUCCAACGAUAAGAACCCCGUGACAACACCUGAGGACUACCCAGCGCUGUCGGGCCCUGAGGAUGAGCUGACAGCGUCGAAUUCAGAGGAGCCGAAGGUGUCGAGAGAUCAAGAGGAGCCGCGAAUGCCGGAGACUGAAGAGACAUUGUCAGAAGCGAAUGAGGACGAGUCAUCAGGUUCGAGAGGUGUGUGCAGGAUACCAGAGUCGGAGACUGACGAGUCAUCGUCGGAUGCGAACCAGGACGAGUCAUCGGGCCGGAAAACUGAGAGCAUGCCACCACUGGCAGCAGCCGAGUACAGGCCAGAAGUGCCGGUCAAAACAUAUAGGAAAGAUGGGAGAGAUGAAACCCGGCCGGCCGACCCUGUCAAGAUAGUGUCAUCGGCUGUAGCUCGAACUUGGGGCGGUGUUGUGCAUUAUUGGAUUAUUGUUAGGGGUGCGACUGCCUACUAUGGCGAGCAGGUGGUCUCAUAUGUUGAAAGUCUUUUUGGUUUGAAGAUUGAGGAAGUGGAAACAUAG